CCAAAAUGGACGAAGAGCGUUUCAUCAUCGAAGUGGAAAAACACACUAUUUUGUAUGACAUAACCCAUCAAUACUACAAAGACAACGUCAGAAAGCACAAGGUCUGGUGUUUAGUCGGUGGAGUUAUUGGAGUGGAAGUCGAGGUUUGCAAGGCGAAAUGGAAGUCACUGAGGGAUGCUUUCGUCAAAACCCGGAAGAAGUCCAUCCCAAGUGGAUCUGCAGGUGGCUCGCAGAAGGCCUGGAAGUAUUCAGACAUAAUGUCCUUCAUUUUGCCAUAUAUACAGCAAAGGAGUUCUACAAGCAGCUUGGGAAAUCCUUCCCCAUUAGAAGAGAUAGAAAGAGCAUCUACACCAGGAGCAGCAUCUGGAUAUUCAGGCCCACGCACACCCACACCACCUACACCCACACCAUCUACAGCCCCACCACCUCUGGUACCCACAACCUCUGCAGAGAGGAGGCCCUCUAGGUCCCGUAGCCCCCAGGGAUCCACACCAGCAGCGGCGGCCCAGCAUUCCACAAAGAGGAGGCCACAGAGCACAGACCUUGGGGAGCAACUCAUUUCUCUACUGCAGGAACCUCCAGCCACACCACAUAUGCCAGACUCACCACUUGAAGAGUCAUACUACUUUGCUCUGAGUCUGGUGCCUAUGCUACAAAGGCUGGACAUAGACAGGAAACAUCGGGCAAAAAUAGCUAUUUUAAACACCUUCCAUAGUCUUGAAAGAGAGAGUACACAACCACAGGAACAUUGGCAGCCAAUUUUCCAUCCCCCCACGUCACAACACUCCACUCACACCUCCAGGCCAGUAGCCCUUCGGCCAACUGCACCCCAACCCCCACAAGCCCAAUCAACAGGGCCAUUCGCAAACAUGCUGUUCUCCAACAGUGGCUCUUCAUGGCAGGAUGGGUCUCAAUAUGAAGACUUGUAAUACAUAUUGUUUUUACUGUAAAUAGUUCCUUUUUUGUGUUGAUUUGCUGUUAUUUGAUGUUGGUGUUUAAAAUGAUGU